AGCAAAUAGAACUUUAGUCCGCUACGACCAACACAAGUACAAGCAUCAACAUUCGCCAGAGUUCAUUGGCUUUGUGUGCUGUCAAUUAAAAUUUUCAACUACAAAAAAGUGUGAUUUCAACGUUAGCUAUGGCGACAACUAUCCAGAUGACCAAUGAGCAACUACAUGCGCUCAUCGAGGCUGUACGUUCAUCAGCGGCCAGCGCAGCCGGCAAUGCCGCUGCUGCUGCUACCGGCAGCGACGCCUCAAAGUCAAAAGGAAGCUUCAGCACCUGCACGCACAAGUUUAGCGGCGCUCGCAAUCACGAGGACGUCGAGGAGUUUAUCACAAAUAUUGUAACCUACAAGGAGCUUGAAGAUAUCAGCGAUGAGAAUGCUUUGAAGGGUCUCUCCCUGCUCUUUAAUGGUAUUGCAUCCACCUGGUGGCAGGGCGUCCGAAAAGAGGCCAAGUGCUGGAAUGAUGCCAUCGGCCUCAUUCGCGAACACUUUUCGCCCACCAAGCCAGCCUAUCAGGUCUACAUGGAGUUCUUCGAGAAGAAGCAGGACGACAGCGUUGCCAUCGACACCUUCGUUGUCGAGAAACGUGCGCUGCUCGCCCAACUACCAGAGGGACGUCAUAAUGAAGAAACCGAACUGGACUUCCUCUACGGCCUGCUGAACAUCAAGUACCGCAAGCACAUUCCCCGCCAAGGUGUUCAAACAUUCCGCGAUCUACUCGAAAAGGGCCGCAUCAUUGAGCACAACAACCAGGAGGAUGAGGCGCAACCGAAGGGACCGCUACGCGGCGCCAACCGUGUUGAACGCUGCACCUACUGUAAUUUCCGUGGUCACACGUUCGAGGUCUGUCGUAAGCGACAAGCGCGGGAUCAGACGAACGCGGCGAACUAAAAACUACACACACACGCACACAAUAUAUGAGACAUGACAUCAGCGGCAGCUACAAUAACAACAACAUGCGCAGGGCGCAUAUUUGGAUGCCUACGUCAAUGUCUCUCUCACCAAUACCAUCAACACUCACUUUGCCACGCUGGCCUCACAUGGACAAGAGGAGAGUUGAAAAUGACAACAUCGAAGAACAGCGACAUACACAGAAUGCUCUUGGAGCUUUUUGGCCAAGUCAGUUUCUAACUCUCAUUCAGCAUCAAGUGGCGUGCCGGCAAGUAAAGCAGAGCUAAAACAACAAACAACAAAACGGGCAUUUCGAUGUCGAAUACACUUCACGCCGAAAAUUCGGCUCUCUUUGGUACUGAACACCAACUUAAAUGAUUUUUCGUGAUAUUUUUAUCACAACUGGGAACUCUACAACAACCGGUGAACUAGUUCACCAACACCCGAGCGGCAGGGUAUGUAGGAUAGGUUGGUGCACGCAUUUCGCUCCUAGGCUAAGUCGCUGAGCUUUCGUGCUGCGCAACAGAGCAGCGGCGCUUGUCGUACAUAGAUUUUCUCUGCAGUUCUUCGGAAUUUCGCAGUUGAUGAGCUUUGUGCGGCUAACGUCGUUGACUCUGCUUCGCGGGCGUCAGCGCACCGACUAAGGCCGUGAUGGGUGUUGCGUGCACUGUGCCCUUCCCCCUUUUCUUGUCGCUCAAACCCGCUGCCUUGGUCUAGUGUCGGCGCAGCGCAGCUGUGGAUCGUAUGCGGCGAUCAAAGAGCGGGCGCAAAUGCUUCGUUGGCUUCGGCCAGUGGAACUGUGCGCUCACUUGUCGCUUAUUUCGAACUGCAGCUGCUGCAGUGUCGGUCCUUAGUCAAUGCGGCAAAAAAAAAACACGUCCAUGGGAAGACAACGCAGUGGCUUUCGUGUGUCGCAAGCCGCAAGGCGCAACUACACGUUGAUGCCCAGCUCUGGCAGCACGAUGCAGUUAACUUCAGUGCGCUGUUGCAGUUCAUUUCGGUGCGCUGCUGCAGUUUACUUGGGUGCGCUGUAGCGCUGCUGUUAACUGUGCUCGGCUUGAAAUUGUAGCCUUCGCGGGUUGCUUCUGUGCGACAGCCGCAACUGAGGCUUGGUCAUGGACAAAACUUAAUUUUCUUUUAAGAAAAUUGAAAAAAAAACAACUUUAAAUAGACAUUUUAAUGUCAAACACACUAAAACGGUUUACAUCGCACUACAAUGGCUAUGCUUUCGCCAUUCGUGCGGUUGGCACGCUAAACUAUCACGGACUGGUGCUCCUUCCUUGGAGCUCCACUCGCGUGGUAAGCGUAAGGCACGCCAGCUCAUACACACACACACACAAACAGAGGCUUCCGAUUCGUCGCUGCUUUGCGGCUCCAGCUUGUGGCGACUGUCGAGAAGCCUCACAAUAUUGUAAAUCCAGUCUCUUGUGCAGAAUCCUUAGGCGCGCAGUGUCACCACGAACAUCGGUGUCCACACCAUUGUUGCCGUCACUCAGCAACGUGCGCCAGCAUUUUGGAGCAAUUGGCCAACCAAAACGUUGCAGCAGCGACGGCACGCGUUUUCCCGAUGAAGUAUGCGCAAUGUCGAUCUCUCUCGGCAUUUGUACACUCUUCAAGCUGAGUGCCUAUCGAUGACCACGAGAGACUGUGAUAAGCACCAAAACAUGAAAUUAUAAAGACUGAAACCAGAAAAAUAAAUCCUCAUAAACACAAAACU